GUGGGUGGAUAGUGUUGGGUUUGGAAUUUGAUUCUUCACCUACCGCUGUUGUAGUUUGAAAAUUAUAUAAUGAAAAUAAAAAUCUAGAGUUUGUGAGGAAGGAAGAUGAGUUUGAGGGCAUCAGAGAUAGCGAAGAAGUUGAAUCUGCAACCUCACCCAGAAGGUGGGUUUUACGUGGAGACAUUCCGAGACCAUUCCGUCCAGCUUUCGACCUCUCAGCUCCCCCCCGAAUACAAAGUGGAUCGCCCUGUAUCGACCUCCAUCUAUUUUCUCGUUCCUUCUGGGAGUGUGUCUCGCCUCCAUCGCAUACCCUGCGCCGAAACCUGGCAUCAUUACAUCGGCGACCCUCUCACCGUAGUGGAAUUGAAUGAGAAAGAUGGGAGCGUAAAAUUCACUUGCCUUGGAUCAGAUCUGACUCAGAAUCAGGUGCCGCAGUACACGGUGCCUCCCAACGUCUGGUUUGGCUCUUUUCCUACCAAGGACUUUACCUACUCUGCGGACGGGGUGUUCGGAAGUGCUGAAGCUGAAGCUAGAGAUAGUGAGAGGAACUACACUCUUGUAGGAUGCACUUGUGCCCCUGCGUUUCAGUACCAGGACUUCGAGCUCGCUAAGCCUUCUUAUCUCCUCGCUCGUUUUCCCCAAUUCCACCCUCUCGUCACUGCUCUCACAUUCCCCGAGUGACUCACACUAUCUAUCUGUUCUGCUUUUCGGCUUUCUAAUAAUCAUAUAGACGCCUUCCUUCUAUUUCUAAUUAAUGCCUCUUUCAACGCGAGAAAUAAACAUUACUAUGUUGUUGUUGUUGUUGUUGUUGUUCUUUUCGACGGAAAACUUAUCUUAUUACUAGUUUUGAUUUUAGGUAUUGGUCCCUGCCUCUUUAGAGCGUUGAAAUGUUUUACUUGUCAACUAGUAUUCUGUUUCCUGUCUUAGCAGUAGUACUUAUUCUUCCAUUCACUUUCCUAAUGAGAUAAUUAUUGGGUAGGAAUUUGUUUUAACCCAAAUGGAGGAUUGGAGAUUGUAGAUCAUUUACUGCAUCCAGAGUCAUUAAUUAUUGAAUCAGUUA